AUGCAAGUAGUCCAGCUCAACCUAAAUCACUGUGCAUCUGCGCAUGACCUUCUUCAGCAAGCAGUUCGAGAUGAUAGCGCUGACGUAGCUAUCCUAAGCGAACCGUAUAGAGCGGUAGCAGGCUCAGUCUGGGCAGCGGAUACUACGGGCAAGGCAGCAAUCUGGGUGUGCGGCAAAUCACCGUUGCAAUUCGGACACGAGCAUGCUGCACGUGGAUUUGUGCGAGCAAAAAUUGGCGGUACAUGGGUCUAUAGCGUGUAUCUGGCUCCCAGUCUUUCUCUGGAGGAGUACGGGCGCAUUCUGGAUGAACUCGCAGCAGAUGCUAUAGGCCGCUCCCCAUUAAUUGUCGGCGGCGACUUCAAUGCAUGGGCAAUGGAAUGGGGCAGUCCCUGCACAAAUGCGAGAGGCUCGAUUGUGACGGAAACGUUCCAAAUGCUGGAUCUAAUCCUCUUGAACGAGGGCACGCAGCAGACUUUCUGUAGAGCUGGCGUGGGGUCCAUAGUCGACCUGACUUAUGUGUGCAGCGAGCUGUCGCCUUCGGCACGUUGGCGCUUGAGCGACGCCUACACAGCUAGCGACCACCGUGCCAUUCUGUGCGAAGUUGGCGGGCGGCGCCCUAGCAAUACAGGUGACCCAUCAAGAUGGGUUAACUUCAACGCGGAUAAAAUGGAUUUGCUGCGCUUCAACGCUCGCAUCCAGUGUAUGGAAGCGGCAGGAAGCGCUGAGCAGAUGGCUACGACAGCAUUGCAUGCGAUAGCGCAAGCAUGCAAAGAUACGAUGCCCCCCAGAAGAUCAUCCGCCCACCACCAUCUGCCAGUGUACUGGUGGAAUGAGGAAAUCGCCACCGCCAGGCGGGAAUGCAACCGCGUGAGAAGAUGCUACCAGCGAUCGCGAGGCAGACCGUCCUUCACAUCGUGGCAGCGCGAAUACAAGGAGAGGCGGAAAGCUCUGAAACAUACCAUCAAGGCGAGCAAACGUAAAUGCUUCAUCGAGCUUUGUGAGACUUUGGAGAGCGACCCAUGGGGGAAGGCGUAUCAACUGGUCACGAAAAAGAUCUCAGCGCACAAAGCGUCUAUGCCACCGGAUGAUGUGAUGCACUGCAUUGUCCGUGAGCUGUUCCCGACUACAGCUGAACCUGCUGCAUAUCGGCCAAUCUGCCUCAUUGACAAUGCGGGAAAAAUAUCGACAGUCGACGCAGCGACUAGAGUUGUGGAGAUCGCCUCACACGCCAUAGCGGGCAGCAGAUGUAAUGGAGGAGCCAAGGAGUAUUGCUUGAUGGUCACGCUGGACAUCAACAAUGCCUUUAACUCGGCUCGUUGGGACUGCAUUCUCAAGGCUCUGGCAGUGUUCCAAGUGCCGAGAUAUCUUCUGAAUAUCGUGCGUAGCUACCUAUCCUGCAGGCGGCUAUUGUACGAGACAAGCGCUGGUACAGAGGAGUACGUCGUGACGGCAGGUGUCCCACAAGGUUCGGUCGUGGGCCGUCUUCUGUGGAAUGCCAUGUAUGAUGGCAUCCUGAGACUAACCCUCCCACCGGGCACGCACUUGGUUGGCUUCGCAGACGACAUCGCUGUCCUUGUCGUGAGGAAGGAGCUGAUGCAGGCCGAGAGUGUGUGCAACCAAGCAAUCGCGUCCAGCAGUGGCUUGUCUCAGUUGGGCUGGCACUUGCGCCGCACAAAACUGAAGCCGUGCUGA